GUAAAACCCGUCCUGGGAGGACCAGACAGCCAUUGUAGGCGGCGAUGGUGGGCUGGUUGAUGUGUUUGUGUGGCCGAGGUCACCUCAUUGGCUGAGUGUUGGUGUGGCCGGGAGAGCCGUGGCGCCUAGCUCCACUUGGGAAGUAACAUACUACAUCAAAUAAAUGGAAGGCCAGACUGAAAUGGAGAUGCCCUCAUCUCCCCUUCUAAGUGAGAUGAUUAAAGAUGAGAUAUUGGAUGGGGAAUCAACAGAGCCAUUUUCGGAUGAAGCAGAAGUUUGCCUAAAGGAGGAGGAGGAGGAAGAUGGAGGUGAAGGGUCUAUGUUAAAGCGGCCAGCAAGUACAUGUCUUUCAGAAGAUGAGCCUUCAAGUAAGAAACGCUCGAAUGAGGUAGACAAGUUAUGGAGAAAUGUUCAUGAUAAUCCAAAUGACUUCCAGGCAUGGACAUUGUUGUUGCAACACAUUGAUCAAGUGAGUGAUUUGGAAUCUGGUAGAGAAGCCUAUGAUGGAUUUUUUGAACGUUAUCCAUAUUGCUACGGCUACUGGAAGAAAUACGCAGACUUAGAACGACGCAAAGGCACUAAAGAAACCACCUGCAAGGUAUUUAAUCGAGGGUUGGAUGCGAUCCGGCUGAGUGUUGACUUGUGGCUCCAUUACAUGGAGUAUAUUACUACGCAGUUUCCCGACGAUGAAGCCUUCGUGCGUCAAGAGUUUGAGCGAGCAAUGGACACUUGUGGGCUGGAAUUCAAGUCAGAUAAAUUAUGGGAAUCUUACAUUGCCUGGGAGAGUGCCGGCAAGAGGUGGAAGAACGUGACAUUACUAUAUGAAAGAAUUUUAGGAACGCCGACCAGUAAAUAUAUGCAGCAUUGGCAGAAGUUCCAGGAGCAUGUGAAGAAGCAUUUGCCAAGUGAAAUUGUUGGUGUAGAUGAAUUUUUGAGUUUACGUCGUGAAGUGCUGGUAGAACUGAAUAGGUCAGACAUUGAGACUCCAGAUGAAGCUCCUCCAGGUGUUGAGGCGGCUCCAGGGGAUGAACAUGUUGGGACAAAUGUGGUUUCAUCCAAGUUGGUUCUCCCACAUCAGUAUGACAUCUUAAAAAUCAAGGAUGAAGAAACGAAGGCCCUACAGAAGAACAUCAUUGCGGCUCGGCAGAAAAUCCAUGAUGCUAAUGUGAUUGAAGUUAAAGCCCUAUGGAGUUAUGAAGAUGCUAUCAAGAGGCCUUACUUCCAUGUCAAGCCUCUGGAAAAGAGCCAACUAACUGCUUGGAGAAAUUAUUUGGAUUAUGAAAUUAAACAUAUGAAUCCAGCUAGAAUAAGGGUGUUGUUUGAGAGGUGCCUCAUUGCCUGUGCCUUUUACGAGGAAUUCUGGAUGAGGUAUAUUCGGUAUUUGGAAGAAGCGGGAGCAGUGGAAGGAGACAUUCGAUCAGUGUACCAGCGGGCGUGUGUCAUCCACCUUCGAGAAAGGUUCCGUCCUCAUCUCUCUUGGGCAGCCUUUGAAGAGGAAAAAGGUAAUAGUGACCGUUCACUGGAAAUCCUUGAAGAUGUCCAGACUCGUGUACCAGGCAGUUUAGAAGCUUGGAUGCAGGCUGCUGGGGUUGAGCGCCGGAGAAACAACCUGGUUGCUGCAACAGAAGUAUUUUCUCGUUGCCUCCAGCAAUGUCAAGAGCGAGAAGAUAAGAAUGCUCACUCCCAUGUAUCUUUGAAGUUAGCAAGAUUUCACACAUUAUUUGACAAUGCUCCUGAUAAAGCUGUAGAAAUUCUGAAAGAAGCCCAUGACUACAACAAGGAAAAUGGAAAUGUUUUACUUGCACUGGUGGAUCAAGCCCUCAUAUGUCGGCCUCCAAAGUUUGACGAGGCAAUUCAAGCUCUGAAGGAAGGUGUUGAAAAUUGUCAACAGCCAGGAAACAGACUCAUGUUUGCUCAUAGACUUUUCCAUUUCAUGACUGAAUGUGGUCAGGAUGCAAGUAGUGUGAGUGAAGGUUUGAGGGUGCUGCGUCAGGUUCAGAUGGAGAUGCGACAAAUGGACUCUGCUAUGGCAGAAAUUGAUACAGCUAGCAACACCAGCAAGCAGGGAGAUGUGACAGGCGGUGGUAUUGCUGUGGUUGAAUCGAGACGAGAAAAACGCAGCAGCCAAGAAAAGUCUAGCCCGGGACCCAUGAAUGGAACUACGAAUAACACCAAUCAAACAAUGGUUGCCAAUUACCAGGGAUACCAGCAGUCAGGAUAUGGAGGUUACAACCAAGGAUAUACUCAUGGUUAUGGUGCAUCACAUUAUCAGGGCUGGGGUUACCCCACCCAGCAAGGCGGUUAUGGAUAUGGACAACAAGGCUGGGGAACAUACGGCAAUUAUUACGGUCAAAGAUAAAAUUGUGGAAAAGAAGCCGUGUAUAUUUUAUUCUCGAGGUCUAUUUUUCUUGUGAUGUUUUCAGUGUUUUUAUUGUUCCAUGCUCUUCUGACUACUAAAUGGAGCACUUUGCGUUUUGUUGAAGUGAUGUUUUAAUUGUGUGUUCCUGCAGACCCGGUAUGGGACAUGAGUGGUAUAUUGUCUCGUAUACAACUCAAACGUUGUACCAGUGAUGAUUGGAAAUGUGUAGUUGUGGUGGUGUGCUUUACUUCUCAUGCCAUACUGCUAAAUAUAUUCAUUUAAUGUCAAGCUGCAGAAGUGAAAAGCACUAGUGGCUGAAGUAUUGGAAACAAAUUCACAGAGAUGGUAUAGAAACUCCAAAUGUGUGUGCUUUGAAGGAAUGCUGCAGCUUUUUGAAAGUAAAUGUGCCAGUUAUUAACUUCCCUGUGUUAAGUAGUGUUGAAUUACCAGUGAUUUAGUAUGAAUGUAUUUUAAUACGUGAUUAAUAAGUACACAUGCAAAAACUCCUUUUUAUAGAUAUUCACUUAAGUAUUUAAGUGUAAACAAAAUGAUUAUUCUUCAUUUUUAAAUACCCAGAAUUUCCAGUUGAAGCAGAAGAGACGUACACGAGACUGAAAUACAGGUAUUUAAAUAAGUGAUUAUUAGCUCAGUAUAUACUUUGACAACUAGUUUCUCCUUUUCUGCUCCUCCAUCUAUCCUUGCCAUUAUUUAGGAGUCUCGGUUCAGUGUAUGUGUGGCCAGUGUGUGUGUGUAGGCAUGUUCUUAGGCACAUGAGAAUACUGGUAGAUAUUGUGACAUGAAACAGAGUUGUUAUUUUUGUGAUAAAUGCAAUUAGUGUGAAUGUGUGCUUGGGGCCAAUAUAUGUAAAUGUUAAGCUAAUAAAAUAUUAAAUGUUAAUACUGUAUUUCUGUUGGUAAUUAUAUGCAAGUACAUUGAGUUGACCCACUACCCAGUGGGCACAGUAUCCAUGAGUAAUGAUAAUUUAAUGUUAUCAGCGUUGAAUUACCAUUUAUAGCAUUGAUUGAGCAUUGAAUUAACAUUACAGUACUCUUUGGUAUUGUGCCCACUGGGUAUUUAGCAUGUUUGGUUGCCACUUGCUUGGUAAGUCAGGACAAACUUGUGAUGUGACCUCCAGAGGUCACAUCUUCCCUAGCUAGAGCACAGAUUUAAGUUUGGACACACUGCCAAUUCUUAUAACGCACACAAAGUAUAUACUUUGACCCCCUUCAUUACAGCUAAAGUUUCCACAUUUUUAAAUGGUGAAUAAGUAGAAAUGAGUAUAUGGCUGCUAAUAUAGUUAUGGUAGAGGUAAUAUUGCACAGGUUAUGUAUUGGUUGGUCAAUUUGUCAUUAUAAUGUGAUCAUUAGAUGUGUGUUAACUAGUCAUUGCUGACCUUGUGUCCUGACUACCUGCAACCAUUGUGUGUAGAUUUCCGGCCAUUGUUCUCAAUUACUUAAAAUUCUCUUUUGAAUUUGUGGUGUAAAUAUUUUGUGGGAUUCACACUAAAGCUCAUGAAUUUAUUUUGCUUCACAAGUUUACAGUACAUGUACUGUAAUUAUGGCAACCUGUCGUCCAAAACUGAAUAACUAUAACUACAAUGGAUGGUGGUAAAGAAUCUGGACUAUAGCAUCUAUUAAAAAUUUUCCACUUUGUACUAUUGCUGCAACAGAGGGCACACAGAAAGGUGGCAACCAGACCUAACUGUUCCUAGAUUAGGUCUAAUAUGCCACAUGUUAUGCCUAGGAUUGCUUUGUUUUAGGCUGAGGGCAAAUUAGGUUUAUUAUUACUUUCACUUUGUCCUGUAGAAUUGCAAUACUGUAGUCCAAAUCUGUAAUUACUUUAGGGUUCAAUAUUUACAUUUAGGGUUCAAUAGUUUGUAUUUUGUACAACCCAUUCACAGCAGCUAUAGGUUCUUUCACUAUUGGAAGACAGGCUGAUUAUGGUGUCUUGCGCUGAAGAUUGUCAAUAUUUUGGCAUGGGUUUAUAAUGUUUUAUGUAAGCUGUAUCUGAAGUUGAACUCUGUCGAGGAUUUUUUUUUUUUUUUUUUUUUGUAGGCUAGACCAAGUAGGCUCAUGGUUUUCCUGGCGAGAUUUUAAAGUUGUAGUAAACGUUACACAAGUUGAAAUUUGGGAACACAUUCUGGGAAAUAUAUUGUUGCUGUAUAAUUAAAUAAAAGCAUGAAGGCCUCGUUAAUGUUCAGUUGUGCACUUGCAGGGAAUAAAAAUAAAUUUUGCUUGUUUUAAGCAAUUAAGGUGUUUAGUAAUUACCACUAGCAGGUGGGUGACUUGACCUGUGUUCCCCUGGCUCUUCCUGAAUUCCUGCCUUUACAGGGUGAUGAUGGUGCACCGUUUUCAAGCUUCCAUACAAAACGACUUGAUUUGGUUUAUAAUAAAAUGAAGACAUUUACAUUCAAUAGAAAAAAUAUUUUAUUCACCUUCUGAUUGGAGGAAUAAAGUCUCGUCUUGCCCUUCCAUUUUGUAAAGAUUAAGCAGUCGUUCACAAUAUUUAAAUGUUGCAAGCUCCAUAUAGUAAAAUAUUGUAGGUUCAAGCUGUUUAUCCAUCAACACUUAACAGAAUAACUAAACCAGCCACCGGUACACUAAAAUAGCACCAAAGGUGAGGUUAUUGGUCAGUGUUGAAGUUAAAUUCUUUAAGCAUGUGUGUCUAAUUCAAUUGAAAUAUCCAAUGUAGUGAGUAUCCUACAAUACACUUAAGAUGUCCUAGAUUGCCAAACUACCAUUAAAACUGUUAUAUAUAUUACUGUUAGAAAUCUAAAUUACAACAUUGCAGUAGACAAUCACAAACUUUUGUAGACAUAUUAUACACACUGAUAAACUUAGCUGGAGAAAGGUCCAUUCACAUUUUAACCUGUAGUUUAAAACACAUUUACAGAUGCCUAUUAAAAAGUCAUUUAA